AACUGUAUUAUUAUUGACAUUUUGUAUUAAUUAUUGAUUCAUUCGUUUUGUUUCGACCACUAAAAUUCAAAUUCACCAAAUAUGGCAAUUUUUGUAAGGUAUCUAGAAAUUUGCCGCAUCUGUCUUUCUGAAGACGAUCUUAUUGAUAUUUUACAAGUUGGAAAUAUGUCUGCAGUGAGGAUAAAGGAUAUUAACAAAUAUUUCAACAUUCAAAUAAUACCAUCUGAUGAGAAUAAAUCAAGAAAACUCUGUGUUAAUUGUAUUCGAAAAGUUUAUGACUGGCGCAGGGAUGUACGCUCAGCAGCAAAACUCCAAUUUGUUAUAGACACUUUUGAUAAAAUGGCACGAGGAGAAAGCAUGGCAUCCAAAAAAAGAAAUACUUAAUUCAAAUUUUAUAUAUUAUAUCAGAC